AUGGUGGUGGGAGGGUCGGAGGGUGAGAGAAACCCGCGAAGGCUUGAGGUCUCUGGAUCUCAAAUGAAGUCUAGGGGUCAAGGCGUUGUCCGCAUUUUACUUGUUGGAGAACCGUUCGUUGGCAAAACGACACUCAUACUGUCGCUUGUGAGUGAAGAAUUUUCUCCGAAGGUUCCUGCCCGUUCAGAGGAGAUCACGAUUCCUGCUUCUGUCACUCCUGAACGCGUCCCAACAGAGAUCGUCGAUUUUUCAUCUCGCGUGCAGACUCGUGAUCAACUAGUGACUGAAAUUAGACAAGCUUCUGUCAUUUGUCUCGUCUACGCUCUUAACGAUGAUAAUUUUGUGCAGCAUCUAACUGUUCAGUGGUUGCCGUUGAUUCGUUCCUGCUUUACUGAAAGUGAGACAAAGGUUCCUGUGGUUCUAGUCGGCAAUAAAUCAGAUCUUGUGGAGAAUAGUAAAAUGGAGCAAGUUCUUCCACUAAUGGAACGCUUUCCUGAAAUCGAAACUUGCAUUGAGUGCUCGGCGAAAUCACUCCGCAACCUCAGCGAGGCUUUUUGGUUCGCCCAAAAAGCUGUUCUUUAUCCUACUGCUCCUCUCUAUCAUGCUGAAAGCAAGGAGCUAACUCCGGAAUGUGUGUGCGCCCUGACCCGGAUAUUUCGCAUCUGCGACGUGGACAACGAUGGCUACCUUUCGGACAAGGAACUGGAAGCCUUUCAGGAGCGCUGCUUUGCCAUCCCUCUCACUGCUCAGUCCCUCCUCGAUGUUAAGCAACUCAUCCGUAACUCUACCCCCGGUGGUGUCACUGUCAGUGGUGUCACGCUCAGGGGUUUCCUCUUCCUGCACAUGAUCUUCAUUCGCAAAGGGCGCCAUGAGACGACGUGGGCGGUGCUGCGUCAGUUUGGUUAUGAUAAUCAUCUGCGCCUCUCACACGACUUCCUCUAUCCCAAACUAGUAGUUCCAUCAGACUGUUCUACCGAACUAUCUCCAGCUGGCAUCCACUUUCUCCACACUAUUUUUACCAAAUAUGAUCUCGACGGUGACGAGUGUCUAAGCCCAACGGAAGUGGCCGAGCUGCUGGCCACGUGUCCCCAGGAGGAGGGCGUCCGACUGUCCGGCAGCGGUAGUGCUGGCGUCGGCUUGGAGGACUUCGGCCUCUGCGUAGAGACCAACUCUAAGGGCUGGAUUACGCGCCGUGGCUUCAUGGCCCACUGGGCACUGACGACUCUGCUAGAACCCAGCCAAGCUCUGGAAUACUUGGCCUACUUAGGUUUCACCUACCAGACAGGGGCGUGUCUCCCACCCGAUGGGGAUUACCUGCCUCUAGGGUCAACGACUCCGAGCCCCGGCUUUGACUCCUCUGUCACCAAUGAAGACGUGCCCCAGCCUAAUCUCUGCAGUUGUCUGGGUAGCUCAGCGGAUAGCCUCUUGCGCGGGGUGAUGAUAACCUCGGAAAGACGCAUGGACUAUAUUCGGGGCCAUACCAAUCGCACAGUCUUUUACUGUCGAGUUUAUGGAGGCAGAAAAGUCGGAAAGACAUGCCUGCUGCAAGGUCUGCUGGGUCGUGGACUGCGAGGCCGUGGAGGAAAUGCAGUGGGUGGAGUAAGCGGGCGGACAGCCCCAUGGACGGCGGCGACGGGACUGCCAGUGUGUGGAAAGUUGCGGACACUGCUACUGCACGAGGUGAGUGCAGGCCACGCAGAGCAGAUGACAGCGGGCGAAGCUCUCUCCGCAGAUGUGGCCUGCCUCCUCUAUGAUGUCACCGACGCAGACUCCUUCCGCUAUGUGGCCAAUAUCUUUUUGAACUUUUACCGUGGUACUCGCGUCCCCUGUCUCUUCGUUGCUGGCAAGGCGGACCAGAUAGGUGUGCUGCAGAAUUACUGUCUUGACCCACAGGAGUUCUGCACCAAGUAUAAUUUGGCCAACCCCCUUCCCUUCUCCUCCUUUGACGUCCGCCCCCGUUUCGUGGAGACCUCAAAUGGUGGUUCUGCUACUACUGCCGCCUUUGGUGAUGGCCCACGUUAUCGGCGCAGCUCUGCGGACACCGUAAAGGCGCGCCCUCUUGUUGCUGCCUCGGGCUCCGCUUUCUGGCUCCCCGACGAUUGCCAAUCUCCCGAGGCCGGUCCACAGAGGAGUAAACGAAACAGUCUUUCACCCCCGGCUACGUCAACGCCAGCCCAACUGUCGCCACAGCCGGCCCAGCAACGUCCCCUCUCGGGCCUACGUGGUCGCUCCUCCACCCCCACGCUCUUGAGCCCAUACACCGGCACUGCCGCCCCUGCACGCGAGGUCAAACAGCCCGAGGAGGAGUUUCACCCCGUAUACGUGAAACUCACCACCAUGGCCAAUUACCCACAUGCCAGACAUCUGGAGCUGGCCCAACCGGACUACGCUUGGAAAUUGACCCUGGCGGCGACCAUCCUGGCUGGCUUUGGAUUCGUGGCCUUUAGGAUGGCCAAGCCACACCUGUAG